UGGAUCGGAUGACGUCACUGCACGCGCAUGGGUUAUCGCAAAAUAACCGUUGACUGAUGUUCUUCUAUGUGUAUAUAGGUUAUUUGCUGGUCGUGUUAGAAUUUCAGUUAUUCAUUUUGCAAUACUGUAUAAACGAUUUUGAUAUGAUAACUCUUACGUAGACAAGGUUGUGUCAGUAUUGCUCCAGCCUAACGUAACAAUCCAAAUGGUUAGAUAUAGAAUCUGGCCCUGUUUUCUUGUUGGCUCUGUUUCUCUCAUAGUGUCACUGUUGGAUUUUGUACUUGUUUGUUCUGUUUCAUGUUUAAUUUAUUGCAUAGGUGUUUGUUAUCUGCAUAUGUUUUAUGUAAUGGCAAUAAAAGCACAACAGUGUUUUCUUUAAUAUUCUCUAAGCCAUUGACUCUUUUACAGAGAGUUCUAUUACAAAAAUGACGAAGAUAUGGUUGGUGUUGUUAAUUACAAUUAUUGUUCCGUUUGUUUCGGCGGCAGAAAAGAAAACAUUAGGAGCGACUUCUUGUAGGGCGCCAGUUAAUCAGUACGGAGACGUGUGCUACUCAGAUACCAGCAGUGUUCCACAACAACCAGGAGCAACACUUCGAUAUGACAUAACUGUACGUGGGAAAUUAGAGAUAUGUUGUAAAGUUUACACAUGCUCGCGAUACUUCUGCUCUAUGAAGUACAUUGGGUGUGGUCGUCAGACAUGGAGCUCCUCAAAUCUUCCUUGGGAAAAAGACAGUAUAGAGACGCCAAGAAUGCAAUGCAAGGCAUCGGAGGAUCGCUGGACCAUUCAUUACAGCUAUAAAACUACACAUUAAGCUGCCACGUGGUUAAAUGCUGUUACAAAUAUAAAACUAUUUAGUAAUACGAAGCUGUCGCUGGAUAAUAUAUAACAACAACAACAAUAAAACAUUUAUAAUUAAUUAUAACUAUAAAUAAUUCUACCAAGUAAUUUGAAAAUAAAACUACUUCUUUUCAUAUAGAUUUUUAUUAUAUCAAUGUUGUAUAUAUGGCUUGUGUAACGCGAUUUAUUAUAUACCUAUAUAAAUUCUGUAAAAAUAUCGGCUUGUAUUUCACAAUUAAAUAUGUACAGGUAGAAAAAAGUAGCUUUUGUGUUGUAUGCUGUCGGACUUUCAUUAAUAUGCAUGACCUGACACAGUUCUAUUAAUAGCACACAUAAAAACUUCACAUAGAUCCAUUUUAAUAUAUAAACAUUGAAGAUUUCGUUCAAUAACAGAACAACAAACAAAAAGAUAGAUGAAUAUAAUAAAAUGGGUCAUUAUAACAGUAGCCAGACCUGGUAUUUUGUAUUCAGCUCUCGUUGAUUUUGCAAGGUCGGAUCACACUCGGAGCUUACGCGCCUCGUGAGAGCCGAUCUGGCAAGAAAUCACUUGAGCGGAAUACAGCAUCCCAGAUCGAGCUACUGUUAUAAUAACCCUAUUAUAUCAUAGUGGAUAAGAAACCCUAUUUAAUUAAACACUUUACAUAUUGUUCAUGCAACGGAUAAUAAAGCUGUUAAUCUGAAAUAAAAUA